GUCCCUUCGAGGGCCCCAACUACCACAUCGCCCCGCGCUGGGUGUACAACCUGACGUCGCUGUGGAUGAUCUUCGUGGUGAUCGCCUCGGUGUUCACCAACGGGCUGGUGCUCGUGGCCACCGCCAAGUUCAAGAAGCUGCGGCACCCCCUGAACUGGAUCCUGGUCAACCUGGCCGUGGCUGACCUGGGCGAGACCGUCAUCGCCAGCACCAUCAGCGUCAUCAACCAAAUCUUCGGCUACUUCGUGCUCGGCCACCCCCUGUGCAUCAUCGAGGGUUACACCGUCAGCGCCUGCGGCAUCACAGCGCUGUGGUCGCUGGUGAUCAUCUCGUGGGAGCGCUGGUUCGUGGUGUGCAAACCCUUCGGCAACAUCAAGUUCGACGGGAAGCUGGCGAUCGCCGGGAUCCUCUUCUCCUGGAUCUGGUCCUGCGCCUGGACCGCGCCCCCCAUCUUCGGCUGGAGCAGGUAUUGGCCCCACGGGCUGAAAACGUCCUGCGGCCCCGACGUGUUCAGCGGCAGCAGCGACCCGGGGGUCCAGUCCUACAUGGUGGUCCUGAUGAUCACCUGCUGCAUCAUCCCCCUGGCCAUCAUCAUCUUCUGCUACCUGCAAGUCUGGCUCGCCAUCCGGGCGGUUGCCGCCCAGCAGAAGGAGUCGGAGUCGACGCAGAAGGCGGAGCGGGAGGUGUCGCGGAUGGUGGUGGUGAUGAUCCUGGCCUACAUCGUGUGCUGGGGGCCCUACACCUUCUUCGCCUGCUUCGCCGCCGCCAACCCCGGCUACUCCUUCCACCCGCUGGCCGCUGCCCUGCCCGCCUACUUCGCCAAGUCAGCCACCAUCUACAACCCCAUCAUCUACGUCUUCAUGAACAGACAGGUGAGGGACUCACCUGGGGGCACACCUGAGACACCUGGGGACACACCUGAGACAGCUGGGGACACCUGGGAGCUUUGGGAUAGGAGAUAG